AUGAGUGGAAAAUCUUGGUUAAAAGCGCUUGGACAAUAUCAGGCAGCUUUUGAUGAAAACGGCAACUUAGUUUUUUCUUAUAUUUUUACUAUUGGAAAAACUGUGAUGACAAUUUCUGUUGGAAAUAAUGCUGUCAAGUCAUUUGAGGAAUUUACUACAAGCAUGAACUCUUGUCUUCUUACUGCAUCUGAUAGACAUGAGAAUGAGCCUUCCAAGAGGAUGCAAAUAUCCAGUGCUGGUCAAGAUAUCAUAAGCAACCUACCUGUCUUUAUCAUUGCCCACAUUCUUUCUUUUCUUCGUAUUGAAGAUGCAGUCCGCACAAGUGUUUUAUCACGGAGGGUGUUGUUUCAUCUUAAUAGUGCAAGCAUCGAUUCAUUUUCUUUUUAUCUUUCAGAGCAGUAUGAUCCCUACAUUAUCAGUCAGUGGAUAUCUGUUGUUUCAAAUAGAAAAGUAAAAAAGAUUCAUUUACGUUCGCUUGAAGAAUGCAACAUUUCAGUUUAUCCCAUUUUCAAAUGCCAGACCUUGGAGGAAUUGGUGCUGGCGUUGGGUCAUUCUACUGUCCGAUUUCCAUCCUUUGUUUGUCUUUCAUCCCUCACAGUCUUGCAUUUGAUUGCAAUCAGGACUGGAAUGACAAUUACUUGUUACUCUUCUAAUGAGUCAAAAGAGUUACGACUUAAUUUCCCAAUUCUUAGAGAGUAUGUGACAAAUGCUUGCACUUGGUCAGGUGUAAAGUGUGUCACUUUAGAAGCGCCUCUACUUGAAGUGGUUACUAUGACCCGUGGUAAUCGUUAUUCGCGAUCUGAUUUGUCACAUGCUGAAAUUAAGAUCCAUGCUUCAAAUAUUCAGAAAUUCCGUUAUGAUGGUUAUGUGUCAGCAGAGACCAUUUUACUAGAUGCACAUGUUGCGAAGGCUGAUAUUUCUCUAAUAACUUCAAAGGUCAAGAGCGUGCAACAAAUGGGGAUUUUUGUUCGCAAGCUUUUCAGUAUUAUUAAUGUGGAAUGUUUACGGCUUUAUCUGUAUCUUAAUCCGGCUCCCUAUGCUUUCCUAGAUCCUGCACAAAUGAAAUAUUGUUUAGCUGAUAUUCCGGCAUUUGGAAUGUUGCGUCAUUUGCAGCUACUCUUUGUUAACUGUGAAGUUUUGUUAGGUUUACUUUUAAAAUCACCAUGUCUGGAGACUCUGGUUUUAAAGGAUUUAAAGGUUAUAGAUUCUGAUGAAGAACCGGUGAAUUUUGCAAGUGUGCCUGACUGUUUUUUAUCUACCCUUAAAGAGGUAAAAUUUGAAGAUUUUGCAGGUGGUAGGCAUGAGUUAAGUUUUGCUAAAUUUGUUAUGGAAAAGGGUCAGUGUAGUAAUCUUGUUGAGAAAGCACAUGAGUCUCAGAGGAAGUUGGUUCAGAUGGAGACUGAGUGUCACAAGGUUGUGGUAGAAGAAAAUUGCAAAGUGAGGAGUGUUGAUAUUUUCUCGAAGUCUGGAUCAACAGGGGUUAAUGAUGAUUAA